UUUCCAUCUCACGUUGGCUCAAAAAGCUAUAUAACUUUGACUCGAAAACAUGUUAGAGUUAACACAACAGUCGAACUCAGAAUCGAAAUUGCAGUCCAAACGAAGUAAAUAUAAAAUGAAAUAUAUCGAUAUUCACAGCCCAUACGACCGAGGCCUAAAAAAGAGUGAGUCAAUGGCCCAUUUGACCAGCAACUAAAAUGAUUGUCCUCUCGGGCCUCUCUCUUUCUCUUCCCUCUAAAACAUUUUGAUAUUCUCUUCGACCAGAUCAAUUUUUCGGUUAGGGUUCUUCGCCGAACCAUUGGCUACUUUGCUAGAUCUCUGAAGGUGUAAAAGAGCUAUGGAGAAUGGGAAAAGAGACAGACAAGACAUGGAAGUGAAUACCACACCGAGGAAGCCUCGUGUACUACUCGCUGCAAGUGGAAGCGUCGCUGCUAUCAAAUUCGGCAAUCUCUGCCAUUGCUUCACCGAAUGGGCAGAAGUCAGAGCCGUCGUUACGAAAUCAUCUCUACAUUUCCUCGAUAAACUCUCUCUCCCACAAGAAGUGACUCUGUAUACUGAUGAAGAUGAAUGGUCUAGCUGGAACAAGAUCGGUGAUCCUGUCCUUCACAUCGAGCUUAGACGUUGGGCUGAUGUUUUAGUCAUUGCUCCUUUGUCUGCUAACACCUUAGGCAAGAUUGCUGGUGGGCUUUGUGAUAAUCUUCUGACUUGCAUUAUACGAGCUUGGGACUAUACCAAACCACUGUUUGUUGCUCCAGCUAUGAAUACUUUGAUGUGGAACAAUCCUUUCACUGAAAGGCAUCUUUUGUCUCUUGAUGAACUGGGAAUCACACUUAUUCCUCCUAUCAAGAAGAGACUUGCCUGUGGAGACUACGGUAAUGGAGCUAUGGCUGAGCCCUCUCUUAUCUAUUCCACUGUCAGACUCUUCUGGGAGUCUCAGGCUCAUCAGCAAACCGGUGGAACUAGUUAAAACCAUGAUUUCCACAACAUGCAUUUUGUGGAAAAUCAUCUGUUUUCACUAUCUUAGAUAAUAGUAGAUUUUAUCAGUCUGUUUGCUUUUCUUGUACAUCUCAAAAUAGCUGUCUGGAUUGAUGUAUCUGGAGGACCAUUUGCACUACUAGCUCCACUCUGUUUCUGUAGAAAUGUCUAUGUUUCUUUUCCUCGCUCUUAAAUGUUGUCUUCAAUUCUGCUAAUAGCUCACUGAACUUUUGAA